AACACAUAUAAAAGUUGAUUAUAACAAUAGUAUUAGUGAUGUUAUUAGAGUCAUUUGAAUCAUGAUCAAGUAUUUGAUACUCUUCCUUGUUGCUGCUGCUGCUGCUACUGUUACUUUGGGCCAGUUUUGCGACUCUGGAGAGGAUUGCCAUGAAAAUGAAUGCUGCGUUGCUGAUAUGAGUGGAAUGAUAACAACAUGUAUGCGACGGCCCAGAAAAAAUAAUUUUUGCAGCAAUUUGUCAAAAAUAUCUAAUAAAAAAAAAAAUAUUUAUAAAUAUGCUUGUCCAUGCCCGGCUGGAAUGACCUGUAAACUCGGUAGUAGUUUCUUUGAUAUGGUUUUAAAAUGCAGAGAAGACAAACCAACGAAAAAACCAACAGAGAAACCAACAGAAAAACCAACAGAGAAACCAACAGAAGAACCAACAGAGAAACCAACAGAGGAACCAACAGAGGAACCAACAGAGGAACCAACAGAGGAGCCAACAGAGGAGCCAACAGAAGAACCAACAGAAGAACAAACAGAGAAGCCAACAGAGGAACAAUAAGAAGAACCAGAAAAUCCUUAAAUGUUACUUUCAGAGGAAAGUAGCAUUUAUUUAGAAUUUAAUUAGACGUCAUAAAUAUUUAAUCACAUUAAUAACUAUUUUAGUUACAAUGUUUUCAAUAAAAAUUUUAAAUUUUCAUUAAUUUCAAAAUGAAUUGUUUAAAAUUAUAUUUUGUUUCAUUUUAAAGUCAACUGAUAUUAAUGGAUCCAUAAUGAAUACAGUAUUUAAAAUAGAAAACGAAUAAUUGUAUGAAUUUUAAUGAAAUUUUGUAGAUUGAAAUUGAAAUAAAAAUUGUUACGUAAUUAAACUCAAAUAUCCAAUCAACAGUUAAAUUGUUCAGAUUUUGAGUAUUUGUAACAUAUUUAAAAAAAAUCAAAAUAGUAUUAACAAGGAGUUAUAUAUAAUCGGUCAGUAGAAAUAUAUUUCAGAUACAAAGCUGUUUCAGUUACAGGAACAUUAUACAAUGAUAUAAUAUACUCGUUAGCCUUACAAGUACUGUAUAAAAAGUGAUAUGCAUAAAAUGAAACAAUGAUAAUUAUAAAUUAACUAGAAAUUUUCCCCAUGUCUCUACUUUCACACAGAAGGUAGAGAUUUUAAGAAACUCAAGAAGAGUGGAUGAUAUUCCUACUAAUUAAGUAACCUAUACUGUUUUAUCAGAACACAAUUGAUGUGUGAUAAUAACUUAAGCUAAACGAUGUCAUUGAUAUGAAAUCGAUAAAAUCUUCUCUUCAUAGCUAAUAGCUAAUAUUUGCACAAAUUAAGUGGCCUACACUUUCUAGUCAUAACAUAAAAUAAUAUAACCAAAACUUCAUCUGAAAUAAACAAAAACGAUAGAUUUUGGUUGGACAUUCAUAUAUCAUGCUUCUAAAUAAAAAUUAUUAAUAAAGAUAGGAUUUUAGGAUGCUAAAAUAGUGUUAAAUCUUGAGUAAAAAUUUUUGUUUAAAUUGCAUGAUACAGUAUAUUUUUCACAUGUCAUUCAUUCAUUUUCAUACUAUACUUACAUAUCAUCGUCGCUUGAAUCACAAUCAUUUGUCAAAAGGAUAAUGGUAAUCACUUCCAAAUAAUCAAAUAUAAAUUGUGCUUACAUGAAAGACUAUCUUUGUGUGCAGAAAAUGAUCAUUGAAUCCAUACCUGUCAAAACUAAGUUCUUAACUUGAGUAAGUGCAACAGAAUGAGAAUUUUCUACAUGAGAGCAAAUUCUUUGAUUUCCAAAAUUUCAAAAUACUAGCCUUUAUCCAUAUUAGGUGGCAGGGAAAGCAAUGUUACUUCAUGGUAUCCAGCGACUCUCGCUGAAGCUUUCUUUAAAACUUUAUCAUGUCUAAAAUAAACGUGUUUGCUUUGGGACUUUUAGGACGAACUGAUUCACACACUACCAAAUAAAGUUGCAUUUAUUAUGUAUGAAAGUGUUAUUAAACGUAUCGAAUAUAACUGGAAGUUCCUGUUGAAGCAUACGUACCAGCAUACGAAAUUGGAGAUGGGAUUUCCAAGGUUAGUUGUCCACUGUAACAUGUCUCAGAUUCAAAUUUAUCAACUUUAUAUUUGAGCACUUAGCAUGUAUGGUGGCUGGUCUGUUAUAAGUAACUAAACUUUUUCAUAUGAAAUGGCAGAACACAAUUUGGUACGUGAAUCGUUGAAGGCCUGUAUACCACUUGUGUAAUUUGUCUUUUCCAAUUCAUAAACUCAAUACCGUGGGUUGUCCUGGCUGCCUUCUUAUUAGACUGAUGAGAAUGUUCAGCACGCGCGAUUUUAGUACAUUCGUUGAUUCAUCCGAAAUGAAAUACUGGGUUAUUUCCUACUAUUUUUGUAUUUUUCGAAAGUUGCUUCGUAUGCAGGUCGCACAUAUCUUUUCUUAGUGUAAUUUGGUCGGGACAGUUGAACUUUCCAACUUUGGUCAUAAAUUACUUUACAGUUGACAUUCGAAUACGAUGGACUGCAAGAUGAGAAACGACGAAGUCUUACGAAGAGCUGAUUGUAAGAGAUCGCUAAUCACUACCAUAAAGUGUCGCAAAAUUGCUUACCUCGGCCAUGUGUUACACGGAGAAAAAUACCACUAUCUCCAGCUGAUACUGAAAGGAAAGAUUGAAAGGAAACGGAGUGCUGGUAGAAGACAGAUGUCGUGGCUAAAAAACAUCAAUAAAUAGACUGGCAUACAAAGAGUUGGAGAUCUCUUUAGGCUAGCGGAAGAUCGUAAAGGAGUCUCCAUAGUGAUCGCCAACGUCCGGGGACCGGAUAAGGCAUCCUAAGAAGAAGAAGAAGAAGAAGAAGACAUUUGACAUAAAUGUAGAAUCGUUCUAUAUAAAAUGGUACAUAAAGCUGAACUGAUACAACACAAUACGUAGAUUUUUCGGAUUUUUUUCACAUGUCAAACAUGUAAACAGGGUCCAUACAAAGUUCUUUCGAGACACUAUCCUUGGCAAAUCUCCCAAACUUUGAGUUGUUUUAUCCCAUCAAUCCAAUUCAAUCCAUAAUACGAAGUUUCAUAUAUUUCG